GCGAAGUGUGGCUGUUCGAGUGCAGCGCUGUGUGCAGACAUGGCUGCUUUUUAACGAAGCGGACUAAAGUCGGAAGAGAGACACAAACUAAAGUAUAGAUCCCGUCACGUCAGUGUGGAUCUGAUACCAACGUCGGUAUCGCUUCAUCGAUGCUUGUAUCGAUCCGUCCAGCCUGAGUUGAAGCAGCAAUGAGUUCAGUUCAGUAUCUGAGAGAGUUCAUCAAGGAGAGACUAACUGCUGUUUGUGAAGAAAUCUUCUCAGAGGUUCAAAAAACCAUCGUCCAGUAUGAGGAGGAGAUCAACCGUCAGCACAGACUGCUGGAUAUCAGCCGGAAACCCGACAGAAACUCACACAUCAUAGACCCCCUACAACAACACAACUGUAAGGAAGAGGAGGACCCAGAGCCUCCAGAGAUUAACAAGGAACAGGAGGAACUCUGCAGCAGUCAGGAGGGAGAGCAGCUUGGAUUGAUGGAGACCAUCUGUAAACCUGAUAUAAAGUUACACAGAAUAGACCUCCAACAGCAGCAUGUUGGUGAGGAAGAGGAGGGUCUGGAUGAGCAGCAGGUCUGUAACCAGGAGAGGAACUCCAGUCUGGACCAGGAGGACCCAGAGCCUCCACAGAUUAAAGAGGAACAGGAGGAACUCUGCAGCAGUCAGGAGGGAGAGCAGCUUGGACUGAAGCAGGAGACUGAUUCUUCAGCAGACAACACUGCUGCUUCAGAGAGUCAAACUGAAACAAGGAAAAAGUCUCUACAGUGUGACACUUGUGGGAAAACGUUUCAGUAUAAAUGCUUACUGACUGCACAUUUGACAGUUCACACAGGAGAGAAACCGUUUCCUUGUAGCAAAUGUGGCAAAAAAUUCAGUCAGCGGACACGCUUGAAAAGUCACAUGAGAAUUCACACUGGCGAGUAUCCGUACUCGUGUAACAGCUGUGGGGAAAAGUUUUUUGACCUAUCAACAUUGAAAGCUCACGUGAGAAUUCACACAGGUGAGAAGUCGUAUCCUUGUAGCACCUGUAGAAAAGAAUUCAGUCAAAAAUCAGCUCUAAAAUCUCACGUAAGAGUUCACACAGGUGAGAAGCGCCAUUGUUGUAGCACCUGUGGGGAAAGUUUCAUUUGGAAUAUGCAAUUAAUACGGCACAGGAGAAUUCACACAGGUGAGAAGCCAUAUUUUUGUAGUACCUGUGAGAAGAGAUUCAUUCGGAAGAUACAGUUAAAGAAUCACAUGAGAAUUCACACUGGCGAGUAUCCGUACUCGUGUAACAGCUGUGGGGAAAAGUUUAUUGACCUAUCAACAUUGAAAGCUCACGUGAGAAUUCACACAGCUGAGAAGUCGUAUCCUUGUAGCACCUGUGGAAAAGAAUUCAGGCAAAAAUCAGCUCUAAAAUCUCACGUAAGAGUUCACACAGGUGAGAAGCGCCAUUUUUGUAGCACCUGUGGGGAAAGUUUCAUUUGGAAUAUGCAAUUAAUACGGCACAGGAGAAUUCAUACUGAUAAACAGUUUCAUGCUUAGAGAAUAUGGGGACAGCUGUGAGUUAUAGCAGUGUGCUGGUGGUAGAGCUGACACUGAGGAGGAGCCUUUUGCAGGAGUCUGCUCCUGUUGUGUAGACUUGUUCAGUUCUGUUGUUUAUUUAAGUUUAUGUGUUCGUAAAGGUCCAGGGAUCGAGUUCUGUUAUUGUUUACUGAAGCCUCGUCUUUUUCUUUUUUUAAUCAAAGCAAGAGUAACCAAAGCUGAGUGUGUUCAUUCAGGUUUUCAUCUAGUUUUAGUUUUUAUAUAUACCUGAAUAUAUAAUAUUUAUGUAAGAU